AUGGACGCUUUGGUCGGAACACUAACGACAAAACGUGCGGAGUUGCUGACAGCUCACGCUUCAGCCAGCGAUCGCGAGACAGCACACCAACUUGUGCAGGAACUUAAAAGCGUGUCGGAAGAGCUCGAGCUUGUAAUUGCUGCGUCUACUAACCUUAACGACGCACGUUUUCUAUGGAAACGUAUUCCAAUCGAGAUUAAACAAAGUUCUGAAGAGUUGCGCAAUAUCUGGGAGGUUGGAAAGGCACUCUGGCAAAGAAAUUUUGCAGCUGCUUAUGCGGCCAUGGACUACGAUUGGUCUCCUUCAUUGCAAGGACUCGUUGAGGCGUUAAAAAUUUCGACUCGUGAUGAUGUAGCUGAGUUACUGAGCCAAGCGUAUUCAACUAUCUCAAUAAGUGACGUCGCACUAGCGUUGGGUUUUACUCGACACGAAAAUGCUAUACACUACUGUUCGUCGCUAGGCUGGGAAGUAUCAGUUGAAAAUCAAUUGAUUCUGCCAAAGCCACUGGCGAAUGUAUGCCGCAAACCCUCGAAUGUAGAUUUGGAUCAACUGGACAUUUUGUCGAAGGCAGUAUUGCAUUUGGAACGGAAUACGGUACUCAAGUUGUCGUGA